ACCAAUAAGACGAUGAGCAUUAUGUGUAAGAAACAUGAUGGUACUAUAAGCACAUGGCUUUGCAUAGAUCAUGCAAUCUGUUUUUGCAAAUCUUGUAUGGAAAAAGAACAUAGGAAGUGUUCAGGGCUACGGAAACGUAUAGAAAGACAUACAUACGAUAAACCGGUAUCUAUUGAAGUAAAAGAGUCACUGAAACUAGAAAAUAGAAUUGUUACAAUAUGCGCACUACCUAAUGGAGAGUUUCUUGCAGAGUUUGAGAAAAUCCCAAGGUUUAAACUGCACAAGCUCAACAAAACUUUUCAUACUAUAGCACGUUGUGAUUUACCCGGUUUAGGACAUACAAGCAUGUGUUACGCAGGUAACAACAAAGUUGCUUUUAAUCGUAUUGACCACCAACUACAGUUUAUAGAUGUCAACAAUUUACACAUUCUGGAACAAAAAUUUACUUUUAUAGAAAACGUGCAACACUUGGCCUGUCAUGGGGAUAAGAUUUAUGGAUUUAAUGGCGAUACUGUCUUUUCUUAUACCAUAGCUAAAACAGAAGUACGUGUACUCUGUCUGCUUCCAGAACGUAAAUUAGUGUACUUUAAGAUGGGAACAAGUAUGACGGUAAGCGAUAAUGGGGAUUUUAUUUACUGUACAAAUCAGAGCGGUCAUGUGUAUCAAGUUGAUAGCAGUGAUGGAAAUGUUUUGUUGGAGUUGAAUUUUCAUAGACUUCAAUUGCCCAAGAAAACAAUCUUCAAAAACAAACGUUUGCUUUCCCCUAUAUUCAACCCUUUUUCUCGAGAUGUCGAUUGGAUAAAUCCCGAUUCACCAGUACAUGUGUGUUACCUCGGAAACGGUACAGUCAUUGUCUGUGACGGUGAAGGUCAUAACAUACAAAUUGAAAGUGAUGGUAAAUAUUCAAUGACAACAAUAGUUGACAUGGAAAGAAAUUUUUCCAUCCCCUAUGUUUCUACAAUAUAUGACAGAUCAACAUCCAGUCUCAUCACGGUAAAUUAUAAUGUUAUAAAGAUUUUUACAGUGAAAUAAAAAGAUGUAAUUGUUUUACUGGGUGUUCAAAUAAUGUUUCUUCAAUGAACGCCAUGCUAAAAUGUGAGUGUUUUGUUGCCAAUUGCUGUAGAUUGUUUUAUUUUUUUUAAUCUAUUGUCGAUAUUAUUGUAGUUAUUAAUGUCAUAUUGGUGGACACAUUUGAGGGAGUGCGGUAGUGUACGAUCCCCUUACAAAUUAUAUCGUACUUGCCAAUUACAUUAACAAUAUGAAUAUGUACACCUGUUUAUGAUAUAUGUGAAGUGGUCAUUGUCUUAACCAAAAUAGUGGUAAUUGACCUGAUGAGGUAGGACGCCCCAGAAUUCCCUGUUAGGUUACAUCUUGGUUUCCUAAUGAAUGGACAAGCAGGAAGUGCUCAGAAAGAAAGUAUCUAGUAUGUAAGUUUAUCAUUUCACUAUAGAUUAACUAUAUAUGUGUGCAUUAUUUGAAUGUUUGGUUUGGUCAUACGUAGCUUUUGUCUGUUAGAUUAUUCAGAUUAUCGACUGUUUUUCCAUAACCCUAGUUAGGUCUGUAUAUAUUUGGUUCACAAUAACAAUUACCACAUAAAAAAGAGGACUGUGCUGCUAUACUGGACUUAUAUUUUAAGACACAUUUGCUACUCUUUUGGACAGAAAUAAUUCAAGUAGUACUGACAAUAAAAGUUGCUUAUUAGAAGACAUAAAGGGAAUUGAUCUGAUGCUUAAUUCACAUUAUUCAAACAAUAUUUAAAGCAACAAACCGCUAGAUAUUAUUUUAGUUCUCUCUACCCUGCUGGCAACAGGAAAAACAUAGAUAUAUUUAAACAUGGGUCUUAUACGAAUGGAAUAUACAUUUGUACAUAUAAUUACUAGUAUAAUAUUUCCAGUCGAUACAGAAAAAAAUCUUUGCUUGAUUUGAAAUAGACCCAAUUUAUUAUUUCUUUUGAAUGAGUACAGCUGUUAAACCUAUAUUGGACGAGGCGCUAGCAAUAGUUCCCAUUUCUGCCAACAAUUACAAGUUAAAUAACAGAUAAUUAUCUGUUUAUCUAAAGAACUUUUGUG